UCAUUCAGUAACUAACUAGAAUUCAGACAGUUCGUAUCGUUUCCAUGCUGCUAUCUAGCGUGCACAUUUAGAACGUGCGUCAGUAUCAGUUCGUUUCUUAUUCGACCAUGAACAGAGUGAAGUGUGUUCGAACACAUACGGGAGGUGCCACUCACUGAACUCGGAUCCAUAAUUUGUUUGUGCUGGCGGUGUGUGGGUUAAGAGAGCUCGCGUAAUAUUUUUCAGAAACAAACAAACAUCGACACCAGUAUGUUUCGCGUAUUGAGAUUGCCCAGGAAAACAGAACAUUUCCAUCAAGUGAGAAAGUUUUCUUGUAUCCAGCAUGGAAACACGGUGGAAAAUCCAACCAACUGCAGUGGGAGACGAUUAUCGACUAGUGCUUCAAGUGAUAGUAAAUGUGAGAUUCCAUCGAACGUUGGCAAUAGCGGGGAGGAGGGAACCAGCAGCAAAAACAGUUCGCCCCUGAUCGACAAGUUUGGCCGAUUUCACAGUUACUUGCGAAUCUCGCUCACGGAAAGGUGCAAUCUGCGCUGCAAGUAUUGUAUGCCCGCUGAAGGGGUACAGCUAACGAAAAAAGAUAAUUUACUCACAACCGACGAGGUGCUGAAGCUGGCCGGUUUUUUCGUCCAGGAAGGUGUCCGGAAAAUUCGGCUAACCGGUGGUGAACCUACGGUUCGGAGAGACCUCAACGAAAUAGUGGCUGGACUGAAACGCAUUCCUUCGCUGGAAAGUGUUGGUAUCACAACGAACGGCCUCAUGUUGACUCGACAGCUAGUGGGUCUGCAACGAGCCGGCCUCGAUGCGCUCAACAUAAGUUUGGACACUUUGAAGGCAAACAAGUUCGAGCAGAUUUCACGGCGAAAGGGAUGGGAACGUGUUAUCGCUGGAAUCGAUCUUGCCAUACAGCUUGGCUACAAACCUAAGGUCAAUUGCGUACUUAUGAAAGGCUUCAAUGACGAUGAACUUUGUGAUUUUGUCGAAAUGACUAGGGAUCGUAACGUAGAUAUUCGGUUCAUAGAGUACAUGCCAUUCACCGGGAAUCGAUGGGAUACCAGCCAGAUGGUUCCCUUCCGCGAUGCUCUUGCCACAAUUCAAGCCAAAUAUCCCGAGAUUGAUACCCUUGAAAAUGGCCCAAACGACACUUCUAAAGCAUACCGCGUGCGAGGUUUCCAGGGUCAGAUUGGCUUCAUCAGUUCAAUGACGGAACAUUUCUGUGGUACUUGCAACCGCUUGCGUAUCACGGCAGACGGUAACUUAAAGGUGUGUCUCUUUGGCAAUACGGAGGUUUCGUUGCGCGAUGCGCUGCGUAGCGGAUGCUCCGAGGACGAUUUGCGCUGUUUGAUCUCGGCAGCAGUUCGCCGGAAAAAGAAACAGCACGCAGUGAAAAAGAAACACAUUCAACUUGAAUCAUUUUAUCUUGUUGAUUUUUGUGGAAUGUCACCACCACGCACCCUAGGAAUACGUCACUUCAGUUCCUUCAGUCACGUGGAUGAACGCACUGGAAAAGCAACGAUGGUGGAUGUGGAUGACAAGAUAGCUUCGAAGCGAGACGCCAAGGCUCAGGCAACAAUCUACGUGGGUCCUAAAAUCUCCUCACUGAUCGAGAACAACGAACUGAAGAAAGGGGACGUUUUAUCAAUAUCGCAAAUGGCUGGAAUUGUGGCCGCCAAGAAGACUUCCGAGCUGAUCCCACUGUGUCACAAUAUUCCUCUUUCGUCCAUCAAAGUGGAGACCAGUCUCAACGCCGCCACUCACGAGGUACACAUUUUGGCCAAAGUAAAAUGUGAUGGGAAAACUGGAGUCGAGAUGGAAGCACUAACAGCUGUUACCGUGGCUGCUUUAACCGUUUAUGAUAUGUGUAAAUCUGUGUCACAUGAAAUGCUGAUCAAAAAUAUUAUGCUAGUGGAGAAGACUGGUGGGAAAAGUGACUAUUACAAGCCAUCUACGAGAAUAAACAAAGAAAUAAAGACCGAUGAUCCACCGAUAGUGGUGCAACGUUAUAAGACUGACCCAAUAACCACUCGUGAAGAAUUCGUUCCAGUACAUCACUGAAAUCAUUUUUUGUUGCCUGACGUGCCUUGAAUCUAUGAAAUAUAAGUAAAAUCCUACUGUCAGCAUAUGUUAGAACCAUCUGGUUUGGCUGAAAACUACAUCGGAAAAUCAACUUAAAAUAUAUAUAUUUUUAUUAUACAAAAUAGGAAGCUACUCCAACUAAUAUUGUAACUCGUUUAUGGCUAUUAAAGGAUCUAUUUCUCUAUUAA